AAUAUGAAUCAAGUUUUUUCUUAAAUUCAAACGGGACUACUUACAAAUUUAUCAAGCAAGAAAUAUUAAGAACCUUAAAAAGAAAUUGACAUAGAGUUGUAAGAUAUGACAGAUUAACAGAGCUAUGUUUUACUUCCAAAAGAAUGUAAUUUAUAAAUAUUUUCAAAGAAAUAAAUACUCAAUCUAAAUAGUAAUAGCCUCUAAAUAAUCAAACAUAAACAUAAAAUUUUGGAUAAAAUCACUUCUCUUAAUAUCAAAUUUAGGUAUAUUUACUUUAUAUAGACAUUAUUAUAUAAAUUAGAAUUAAUAAUAAUUUAUUCCACAAAACAGCACUUUAAAUUUCUAAUAUCCUUAGAACAACUAGUAAUUUUAAUCAAAAUAAAAUUUUAUUUAGUAGAUAUUUUCCAUAUUUUAGAAAUCACUACGCCGUUUGUAUAUUUUGCAAAGCUACAUAAACUAUUAUCAAUGAUUAAAAGCCUUUUAUGUGUUAUAAAUGUCGACAAAUAUAACAGCCCAAAUAUGACUUUUUAAAAUGUGCCAAUUGUAAGGUGACUGUUAAAUAUCAAUAAGGAAGUAAGUAGCUAUGAUAAUUAAAAAGUAUCAUCCAUUAUCAAAUGUACAAACUGCUAAAAACAUAAUUAAAUAUAAUUUUAACCUCAGGUACAAUAUAUAUAAGGAAAAGAAAAGAUUUGA